CUAGCUGAAACUUGAGAUGUACUCCUAAGUUUUUUUAACUAAAACAAUUUAUGUAUAUACUUUGAUAAAUAAUUGUCACAUUUAUCGUUUCAAGUGUGCAGAAUCUUAAAAUGAAUUUGUCUUUCUUUGUAAGAGUAUUUAAAAAUAACCUUAAAGUAACUUUAAAACAGAAAAGUUACUACUGUAGUGGUGUAUCGAAAAUUACUGAUUUAAGUAUUCAAAAUAAUUCUGUAUUGAAUACCUGCUCCGAUGAUUUAUCCGAACUUGCACCGAAUCAUCCGGUAUCAUUUAAUUUGGCUGCGUAUGUGAAUAAUUCCGAGUUAUUGCAGAACCUCGUUCAUUUGAAUGUAAAUUUAGCCAAAAUUGAGAAGAAACCAUUUAUUGUGAAAAAAAUAUUGAAAUUAAACUUUGACAGAGAUGUUAAAAAACAUAUAUUUUUCUUGAAAGAUUAUGUGAAUGCAGAAUGUAUUGGUGAAUUUAUAACCAAAAAUCCAUUAAUUCUCUGUGAAUCCAUAGAAGACUUAGAAGUGCGAAUUAACUACUUGCAAUCUAAAUAUUUUAAUUUACAGCAGAUUAAACAUAUUAUUAGCAAAAAUCCUUUCUGGUUAAUGUAUAGCACAAUUAGAAUAGAUAAAAGAUUAGGUUUCUUUCAAAGUAGCUUUGGUUUGACUGGGAGAGAAGUAAGAGAACUAGCCACAAAACAACCCAGAUUGAUAACAUAUAAUUUACAUCACAUCAGAACAAAUACUUUUGUCAUAAAAGAGGAAAUGGGCUUUACUGAAGAGGAGACAAAAACAAUUAUUUUGAAUAAACCAAAACUGUUUAUGUUGAAUCAGAGAUCAUUACUAGAAAGGUUUAAUUAUAUACACAAUACAAUAGAAAUUCCACAUGAAAUCAUCAUAAAAAAUCUUAAUGUAUUAGAAUAUAGGAACUUUAUUGUCAAACAGCGACAUUUAUUUUUAAAGAAAUUAGGAAGAGCACAAUAUAAUCCAACACAAGAAAAUUAUAUACCAAUUACAGCUCUGUGUGUCGAUACAGAUGUAGAAUUUUGUAAAAAAUAUGCAAAAAGUAAUGUAGAUGAUUUUAAUACAUUCUUAAAAACAUUAUAAUUUAUCCAGCCUUGCCUAACAUAAUUUUAUUUUGGAAAGCAUUAAGAGAGUGGUAUAGAAGUGAAUCAAAAAUACCAGCCAGUGUGAAUACUCCUCCAACAAUUGCACAUACAUUAGUUGCAAAGUGUCCAAGUGAUCUGUGAAAAAAAUAUAUAAUAUUAUGAAUAUAAUAUAAUAAAGGCAAACUUAAAAAAUAUAA